UCAAAAUAGAAAUUGUCUUGUGGUGUGGUAGUGUAGGAGGUCUUGUUCUCGGCAAAUUGCCUGGAAUUCAGUGUGAAAUAGUUCCAAUUUGUGAAUAAAUUUUAAGCCGCAGGAAUGUCUCCCCCAUACUAUGCUGAUCUUGGAAAGAAGGCCAAUGAUGUCUUCGGCAAAGGCUACCACUUCGGUGUGUUCAAACUUGACCUCAAGACCAAAAGUGAAACAGGUGUUGAAUUCUCCAGUGGAAUCACCUCCAACCAAGAAAGCGGAAAGGUGUUCGGUAGCCUUUCAUCAAAAUAUGCAGUGAAGGAUUAUGGUCUAACUUUCACUGAAAAAUGGAACACAGACAAUACACUCGCCACUGACAUCACUAUUCAGGAUAAAAUUGCUGCUGGACUUAAAGUUACACUUGAAGGAACCUUCGCACCACAAACUGGAAGCAAGACUGGUAAACUGAAGACCUCUUUUGCUAAUGAAACUGUUGCUGUUAACACCAACUUGGACUUGGACCUGGCUGGUCCUAUUGUGGAUGUUGCUGCUGUCCUGAGCUUCCAGGGCUGGCUUGCUGGUGUCCACGGACAGUUUGACUCCCAGAAGGCUAAGUUCUCCAAGAACAACUUUGCUCUUGGUUACCAGUCAAAGGACUUCAACCUACACACCAAUGUUGACAAUGGAAAGGACUUUGGUGGUUCCAUCUACCAGAAGGUGUCUGAGAAGAUCGAAUGCGGUAUCAGCAUGAAGUGGACCGCAGGAUCUGCCGACACGCUAUUUGGUGUUGGCGCUAAGUUCGCGUUGGACGCGGACGCGUCUCUGCACGCCAAGAUCAACAACAAAUCUCUUAUUGGUCUUGGAUACCAACAGAAACUCCGCCCAGGAGUGGUCCUGACGCUGUCGGCGGCUAUUGAUGGCCAGAACUUCAACGCUGGUGGACACAAAGUGGGCGUCGCCCUUGAGCUCGAGCCCUAAGCACUCAGAGGCGCUUCGGCUUUUAGUCUUGUAGAUAAUACAUAAUGCCACAUUGACUGUUAUAUAAUAAUAACAGAAAAGGAAGCGUAACUAGAAAAAUCAAUUUAUUAAACAGUAUCUUCAAGUCAAUGUUCUCUGUAUAGUGUAAAUGAGCGUUUAAAACGUUCCAAUUAAACUUAUCAUACACCUAAUUACUUCAUCAUUGUAAAUGCGGGUUAGCACCGUCGUUCAUACUUUCUAUUUCAAGACGGCGGUCGCUAUUUCCUAGAAAUGUUAUUAUUAGAGUUCUUAAUGUAACUAUUAUGUAUUAGCACGCGGCGUAUAAGCAUCCCUGUUUUGGUAAAUACUAAUAUUGAACCUGUAUAUCGUCACCACGCCAGUUGUCUUGUAAAUAAGCACCUAUGGUGUAUUCUUGAUUGAAUGGAAAUAAAAAUGAAUAGUCCGUUGGAAUCAG